UGGCAUAACUGAUGAUACCAAGGUCAUGGUGUUGCUUAGAAGGCUUUGAAAUGUUUGCUUAAAAUUUCCAUGUCAUUUCAAAUGUACUCUAAUGCAAUGCAGGCAUUCCGAGAUGCAUGGAUGGAUGCAUGUAAGGUGGUGAACUCGGCGGUUCUCGUCCCGGCUAGAUUCACGUUCCUUGUGGGACCGGUUUCAUUCGAUGGUUCUAACUGUCAACCAAACAUUGUAUUUAAGCUGGAAGGUACGAUUAUUGCUCCGGACCCUCGAGCCUGGCAUAAUGGUACUUCACAAUGGAUCGUAUUCGCAAAGCUUAACCGAGGUGUCACAGUUACGGGACGUGGUAUCAUUGAUGGAAGAGGCUUGGGAUGGUGGAAUAGGAAAAGCACCAGACCAACAGCACUGAGGUUUUACGGGAGCUCCGACGUGAGAGUCGAGGGCAUAACUAUUCAAAACAGUCCUCGGUGCCAUCUGAAGUUCGAAAAUUGUAGGGGAGUCGAGGUGAAAGAUGUGACUGCCUCAUCUCCUCCGGACAGUCCUAACACAGAUGGAAUCCUACUGUCAAACUCCAUGCAUGUGCGAAUUUUUUCGAGUAAUCUUGCCUGCGGGGAUGAUUGUGUUUCCAUCAUAGCAGGAUGCUCAAACGUAACCGUCGAAAAUGUACGAUGUGGACCAGGGCAUGGAAUCAGCAUUGGAAGCUUGGGAGAGAAGGAAACCAGAGAGUGUGUCUCGGACAUCAUCGUCCGCAAUAUCUCUAUACAUAACUCGACGAACGGUGCCCGGAUAAAGACAUGGCAGGGUGGAUCCGGCUCGGUUCACAAUGUCCAGUUCUCGAACAUAAAUGUGUCCCAUGUCGGACGUCCAAUUGUGAUCAAUCAAUUCUACUGCGACGUAAAGGACCGAAAGAAAUGCGCCAACAAAACAGCUUCUGUCGCUGUAUCAGGAAUCACUUUCAGAAAUAUAUACGGAACAUACACGGUAAAACCGGUGGACUUAGCUUGCAGCGACAGUGUUCCAUGUACAGGUGUAAAUUUAAAUGCCAUUGAUCUAAAUCCAUCGACGGGAAAGAAACCGACCCUCGAUAAUGCACCGUAUUGUUGGAAAGCUUCCGGUGAGAUGAACUUGACCACCCCGACGGUGCCGCUAAGCGGUGGUUGUUCAAAGACGGACAAGCGGUUAAACAAAAGAGUCCGACCUGAUCGUGAUGUGUGCUGA